UUGCGCUUCACCAGCGCAGAGUUUCUGUCGCGCCUCUCCGUCUGUCAGUCUGUCUGCCUGCCUGUCUGGCUGUCUGUCUGCUCCGAACUGGUUGGAAAAAAUUCCGGAUUAAAGUCAGGACUGCCUGUGUGGAAUAUCUUCCUACGUAAAGAAGUUUUAACUCGAUUUAAAGGAUUUUCUCUCAUUUGUUCUUCAAUAAGUUGGACAUUAUGAAGUUUCCUGCAGUGGUUCUACUGGCGCAGGUUUUGGUGGCCUUCACGCUGGUUAGCAGCGCAUCCAUCGACAGGUAUGAGAGUGAGAAACCUGCACAGGUCACGGUGAUUCACCUGUUACGAACGUCUGAGGCGCAGGACGAGAAAGGACCUGUUGAAGAGAACAGGCACGUGGAUUCCUCACUGGAGGAAGGAGAGGAGUAUUACUAUGAUGACGACAUAGACGAGUACGAGCUGUCGGGAGAUGAUGAGAUGCCCAGAGUUGCAUUUUCAAGCAAACCUAAAGACCCAAGCACAGUCCUGACUGAGGAGAAGAAAAAGAAAAGCCAGAAAAAGGGAAAAGGCAAGAAAAGGAAUCCGUGCCUGAAGAAAUAUAAGGACUUCUGCAUCCAUGGAACAUGCCAGUACUUAAGGAAGAUUGGUCCUUCAUGCAUAUGUAACCCAGGUUACUCAGGGGAGAGGUGUCACUCCUUCUCGCUGCCUGUAUGGACCCCUGAGGAAGGGUACAACCGCACAACAGCGCUCGCCGUGGUGGCCGUGGUGCUGUCCUCACUGUGUCUCACCAUCAUUGGGCUCCUUUUGGCUCUCAGAUUUCACAAGAGAGGCACGUAUGAUGUAGAGAAUGAGGAAAAGAUUAAACUCGAGGUAUCCCCGCACCACUAAGGAGCAGAUCAUGGAGGAACAUGCAGAAGUUUCUACCUCAGCAGAAGGGCUCGAUCUGAAGCAGAUGGCCUGAGUGGAAAAGAAGAGCUACACUUCUCCAGAGUGCCCUGCGUACACAUGCACUCCACUGGCCAGUUGGGGUACAGAGUCUGACCGUUUUGAAGAGUCUACGAGACUGAACUGUGAUCGGCCCAGUGGAUUUCUGUAACGCACUGAAAAAAACAAAAAGGAACUGGUCAUUUUGGAGUGCAGCGGUGACGUCAGCGGUGUGAUUGAGUUUGCACUGUUGUCUACGUCGGAUAUUUAUUGUGAUAUUUUUAUAUGACGCGUUUUACUGUGUAAAUACUUUCGUUUAAUUUAUUUAUUUAUAUUAUGAGUAUUUAUUUCGAUUUGUACCAAAUUUGUCCAAACCUGGCUAAGUGUUGAAAAAGGAGGUAUUAAAGUAGGAGACAUGAAAUACAACCCAAACAAUCUAAGCAUUUAUGCAGUCAGUGUUAAAUAAGCCCACAAUGGUAUUGUAAACAUACAUAGGAAUAUUCACACAUGAAUAAGGACUGUAUGUUUUAAACAAGCACUUGGCCAGUUAUGCUUUCACAAUUGAUUUAUGUAUUGUGAAAUAAAAUUGUACUGCUUGAAACAAAA